CUAGCUUCCCUCCUCUGUCUGGCUCUCCCUCCUCCCUUCUCCAACUGUCCCCCUCUGUCUCUCGCUCGCUUGUUCGCUCACUCACCGCACACACGCUGCACGCACACUCACUGUGUGUGUCUCGUCUGUGCCUGACGCCCCCCCAGUUUCAAAGAAACGCUUGCGCGCCAAAGCUAAGUGACGUGGCAAUAUGGUGAGCAUGAUGAUCGCCGACGAGAAGCCGCAGCCGCAGCUGCUGUCGAAGAAGGCCACCUGCAACAGCCACGGGCAGGACUCGUCCUACUUCCUGGGGUGGGAGGAGUACGAGAAGAACCCGUACGACCCCGUCGCCAACCCCGGCGGCAUCAUCCAGAUGGGCCUCGCCGAGAACCAGCUAUCGUUCGACCUGCUGGAGGCGUGGCUGGAGGACAACCCGGACGCGCUCGGCCUCCGCCGGGGAGGCGCCUCCGUCUUCCGCGAGCUCGCGCUCUUCCAGGACUACCACGGCAUGCCGGCCUUCAAGAAUGCAUUGGCGAGGUUCAUGUCGGAGCAACGUGGGUACAGGGUGACCUUCGACCCCAGCAACAUCGUGCUCACCGCCGGCGCCACCUCGGCCAACGAGGCGCUCAUGUUCUGCCUCGCCGACCACGGAGACGCCUUUCUCAUCCCCACGCCAUACUACCCAGGGUUCGACCGUGACCUCAAGUGGCGCACCGGCGCCGAGAUCGUCCCCGUGCACUGCACGAGCGCCAACGGCUUCCGGGUGACGCGCGCCGCGCUGGACGACGCGUACCGGCGCGCCCAGAAGCAGCGGCUGCGCGUCAAGGGCGUGCUCAUCACCAACCCUUCCAACCCGCUGGGCACCACGUCCCCGCGCGCCGACCUGGAGAUGCUCGUCGACUUCGUGGCCGCCAAGGGCAUCCACCUGGUGAGCGACGAGAUAUACUCCGGCACGGCCUUCGCCGAGCCCGGAUUCGUGAGCGUCCUCGAGGUGGUGGCCGCGCGCCGCCGGAACUCCACGGACGCCGACGGGCUGCUGUCGGAGCGCGUGCACGUAGUGUACAGCCUGUCCAAGGACCUGGGCCUCCCGGGUUUCCGCGUGGGCGCCAUCUACUCCUCCAACGCCGGCGUGGUCUCCGCCGCCACCAAGAUGUCGAGCUUCGGCCUGGUGUCGUCCCAGACGCAGCACCUCCUGGCGUCGCUCCUGGGCGACAGGGACUUCACCCGUCGGUACAUCGCCGAGAACACGCGGCGGAUCAAGGCGCGCCGCGACCAGCUGGCGGAAGGCCUGGCGGCGAUCGGCGGCGUCGAGUGCCUGGAGAGCAACGCGGGGCUCUUCUGCUGGGUCAACAUGCGGGGGCUGAUGCGGACCCCGUCGUUCGAGGGCGAGAUGGAGCUGUGGAAGAAGGUGGUGUUCGAGGUCGGGCUCAACAUCUCGCCGGGGUCCUCCUGCCACUGCCGCGAGCCCGGGUGGUUCCGCGUCUGCUUCGCCAACAUGUCCGCCAAGACGCUCGACGUCGCGCUCAACCGCCUGGCAGCCUUCGCGGAGGCCGCCGCCGUGGAGGGCCGAGGCCGGGGCCCCGCCGCCGCCGCCGCGGCGCGCCGCGUGCUCGGGCCGGCCAGGAGCAUGAGCCUCCCGAUCCGCUUCAGCUGGGCCAACCGCCUCACCCCGGCCUCCGCCGCCGACCGGAAGGCCGAGCGGUAGCCGUGCAUUGGCGACCGCACGUGCCACCAUACCACUGCGUGCUCAGCUUUUUCAGCUCACCGAGUGGUGUGGAGCAAUGUUCAUAAACCAACCACGGCCCAAGUAUACUAUGAUGAUACCGUACCACACGGCAGCAGCAGGAGCACCACAGCAUGAUUAGCAGUAGGCGAUUAGUAGUAAUUAAUCAUCAUUCCUUAUUGGGUUCUUGUAAUUCUGUGUGGGUGGGGGCCGUAUAUACCACGCCGCCAUUUUUCCUCGGAGGCACCGGCGAUAGGUGCCCGAGGGCCACUGUUGUAUUAUUAUUAGGUAUAGGAGCAGGAGCGAUCGAUCUUCCAGCAGGCAUCGCAUCGUGUAUUUUUUGACUGGGAAUUCCCGUGCGUGUCCGUCCGUCCAGGGGCUGGCACGGGGGUCUCCCGGUUGUUUUGGGUGUACGACACGCAGUCACUCUGUACCAUUGUUAUUGUUGUUACAACGAUUGUAUUACUGUUGGAUAAAUAAAUUUCAUCUGAACA